AUGGAGUACCCGAUAGGUGAAUGCAAAAUAGCCCUCAUCGUCGGGAGUAACGUCGACGGGUCUCCCGGAACAGAUAGUGGGCUGUGGAGUGAAAUUACGCAACGCGGGAAGUCUAUACUCGACCACUGCGUGUUGCACAAAACCAGAGACCCAUAUGGACGGGGAGGUGGGCACGGAGUCGCUGGAAAGCAUGGACGCCUCUUCGUGAUCAUCUACGCCUGGGGCUCUCGUUUCGAUCUCGCGGCUAGAGGCUUGACACCAGGCGAUCGUUUGGCCAUCAAUCCUGCUGCGGCGGGCCUCGUCAACUUGACCGACUCCGCUGCGAUUCCAGGUGUUCAGCUCUCCAAUAUUACACGCUUGACAAGGGUGGUAGAGCCCGACGAGGUACAGGAACAGUGA